AACAAGUUGUUAAUAAAAAUAAGAGUAUGCUUUUACUAAAAAAUCAAAUUUUAAUAAUUGCUUCAAUAUGCAUUUAUAAAUCAUUUGGGCAAAGUAGCAGCGGAGAUGGUCGCGGAGAUCAAUAUAAAAAUCCUCAUUUUCAUCCAAAUCAUAUUGGAAUAGUUCAAAUGUUUCAAUGGCCGUUCGAUUAUAUAGCACGAGAAUGUGAAGAAUAUUUAGGACCACAAGGUUUUGGUGGUGUUCAAGUUUCACCAAUUUUUGAAAAUAGUAUACUUGAUGGACGACCAUGGUAUGAAUUAUAUCAGCCGAUAUCAUAUAAAAUAAAAACACGUUUAGGAGAUGAGGCUCAAUUUAGGAAUAUGAUAAAAAGAUGUAAUAAAGCUGGUGUUCGUAUUUAUGUAGAUGUUAUAUUAAAUCAUAUGGCACGAUCAGGAAAAGGAAUUUUACAUGGUACAGCUGGUUCUAUUGCAUGUCCAGAAUUAUCUUUUUAUCCAGCAGUACCAUAUACAUUAUUAGAUUUUCACCUUCCUUGUAAAAUCAAUGAUUGGAAUGAUAAAAAACAAAUGAGAAAAUGUCGUUUGUUCAAUUUACCUGACUUGAAUCAAGCAAAACCUAAUGUUCGUAAUAAAUUGGUUCAAAUGUUAAAUAAUUUAAUUAGUAUGGGUGUUGCUGGUUUUAGAGUAGAUGCAUCUUCAUUUAUGGAUCCUAUAGAUUUACAGCACAUAUUUUCUAAACUUAAUGAUCUAUCUACACAACAUAAUUUCCCGGAAUCUUCAAAACCAUUUAUAUAUCAUGAAGCUCAUCAUUGGAAAUCGGAAUACACUCAUCUUGGACGUGUUAUUGAAUUUAAUUUUGAAGAAAUAAUUAGUAGAGUUAUGCGUAAUCAAAUAAAUUUGAAUAAUGCAGAUAAUUUCGUUCGAAACUAUAAUUUAGUUGAAAGUUACAAUGCUGUUGUCGAUUUGGAUAAUCAUGAUGCCCAACGUACAUUUAACUAUUUGAAUUAUAAAGAUCCAGUUCCAUAUAAAAUGGGAUUAGGAUUUUUACUUGGUUUUUCAUACGGUAUUCCAAAACUAAUUAGUUCAUUUGAUUUUAAAUCAUUUGAUGAAAGUCCACCAUCCGAUAUUAAACAAAAUAUUAUUGAUCCUAGACCUAGAAAAGAUGGUACCUGUCAAGUUAAUUGGAAUUGUGAACAUAGAUAUUAUAGUGUUCGUGAAAUGUUAAGAUUUGCAAGAAUAGUUGAAGGUGAACCUGUUAGAAAUUUCUUUAGCAAUGAUUAUGGACAAUUUGGUUUCUGUAGAGGUGAUAAAGGUUUUAUUGCAUUUAAUCCCUCAUCCAGGGACAUGGAAAUUGAAAUGGAUGUUUGUGUUCCACCUGGAACAUAUUGUGAUAUUAUAUCAGGAAGUUAUGAAGCAGAAAUAUAUAAAGAAUUUAAAGGAGAUACAUCAGAUGAAUGUAGUGGAAAUAAAAUCAUUGUUGAUGAAAAUAGAAAAGCAGUUAUAAAAAUUCCGGGAAAUGACAGCAAAAAAUUUAUUGCAUUUUAUCAAAAACCUUAAAUAUGUAAAAUGUAUGUGCUUUAAGUGAACCAAAUAUUAAAUUAAAAAUCGUUUAAUCAAAAUUGAAUUUUUUUAAUCGUACGAAAUAGCAAGUAAGAAAACUCAUUCAAUCCAGAUGUUCAUCCACAGAUCCACAGAUCAUAUGG